GCCAGAUAGGGACUGUCUUUGCUUUUCCUUGCUCUUGAACAUACUCUAACUUUAUAUUUAUUCUGUUAUUCAUUUGUUUCUCGUAUAAAACCUAAGAAGGCGCGAGGUGAAUUCCACGGCCGACACAUUUGUUAUUUCAACGCAAACACCAUUAAUACAGGAGACAGACCGACCGACAGACACACACACAAAGACGAUGGAUAUUCUCAAUAUGAUCGUUGACCAUGUGCAGGAGAUGCUGAGCACGACCGUCGAUAUCUCAAAGAUUGUGCCGGCCGGAUACGAGCUCAAUUGGUUUGAAAAGACCUGGUUGUCAGCCUUCGAUGGGCGCAACGAGCUCUUGACAUUCACAGCCAUUGCAUUUCUGAUGCACGAACUGGUGUACUUUGGGCGUUACCUUCCGUUUCUCGCAUGCGACUACAUUCCUGCGCUGCGCAAGUACAAGAUCCAGGACAAUAAGGAGGUGACAUCGGCGAUGCAAUGGAAGUGCCUGAAGAGCCUGCUUUUCUCGCAUUUCAUUAUUGAGGGCCCCCUGAUGCUUAUGUUUUUGCCGGUGGCGCAGCUGGCAGGUAUCCGGACGACUGAGCUGCCGCUUCCUGGGUGGCAGGAGAUGGCCAUUCAGAUUGCGGUGUUUUUCGUUAUUGAGGACUUCUGGCACUACUGGGUGCACCGCUUGUUCCACUGGGGUCCCCUGUACCGCAGCAUCCACAAGAUCCACCACGAGUUCUCAUCCCCCUUUGGCAUGACCGCCGAGUACGCUCAUCCGCUGGAGACUAUUAUUUUCGGCCAGGGUACUAUCUUUGGUCCCAUCCUGUUCUGCAAGUUUGUCGAUAGCGUGCAUUCAGUGACGAUGUUUGCGUGGAUCUGGCUGCGUUUGUUUCAGGCUAUUGAUGCGCACUCUGGGUAUGACUUCCCGUGGUCGCUGCAUAACUUUUUGCCGUUCUGGGCUGGUGCCGACCACCACGAUUACCACCAUAUGGCGUUUGUGAACAACUUUUCGUCGUCGUUCCGCUAUUGGGACACAAUAUUUGGCACUGAUUCAAAGUACCAUGCGCACAAGGCUCGGAUUGCCGAGGCCAAGGCUGAGAAGAAGGGCAAUUAAGGGGCAGAACCCAAAAGUGUUUUUUUAUUUAAAUACACACAUAGAAUAAAUACAAAAAGCCUGACGUUUCUUUC